AUGCCGUCGAAGGAGCGCUGGUUCCCUUGCAGAACAUCGUCUCAUCCCCAGCAACACCUACUUCUGCCUCCCGCUGCGAGAGAUGAGUACCCCGAUGCACCCUCGGUCGCGACAGUGGCACCUGAUGGAAUAUGUCCCAGUCCGGAGGCGAGACCAGCGGGACGUGCUGAUGACGAAGACGAUCACGGCUGCCGACGGGUGAACCGGCCAUCGUCCGAAGUGAGGAUCCGCCAAUAUCCAGGCGGGAAACCUCGAGGUAAUCGACAAGCUCGCGUCCUCCCCAACCACCACAAGAGCCAUCUGGAACCGGGGUGUCCCGCCAGAAAGCCGGUGCAGAUUUUGUCGUCAUCAUAUCACCAUCGCCAUUGCUUUAGCUGCCCGUCAACUGCAGCAGAAGUGUAAGGAGAUGCGCACCUACCUCAAUCCUACCUUGCUGGAUCGGACGAAGGCUUUCGACACGGUGAAUCGCGAAGAACUGUGGAAAAUCAUGUAG